AUGGCGCACCGUGAAAGUGAUAGCAGCAACUCGACUGAUUUCGAAAGAAAUGUAAUUUUAUCGUGUUCUGAGAGCUCCUAUGAUCUUGAGGAAUCUGAUAGUGAAAGAAGAAGAUCUCCAGAUAAUUUUGCAGAAGGUCACGGCAAUUUGUCGUAUAGACGCCGCAGAUACACAGCAUAUCGUCAGUUUAUGCGCUGGAUAUGGGACUUCCUUGGUAAAAACAUCAGAGUACCGCUACCUGCAUGUGUUGUCACACAAGUAAGACAGAGAUAUCCUUCACCAGAAUUUACAGGUUUCCUGGAUGUGGAAUCUGCUUCUUAA